GCAAGGCGGCCGCUCUAGUCCGCGCGGCACUCGCUGGUGUCUGCGGGGCCGCGGCCGGACGAGGAGGCGGAAGAUGGCGGCUGUGGCCGGGCGGCCGUGAGGAGCGCGGAGGUCGGGGACGGCGAUGGCGUCCUGGAAGCGCCAUCGGGGACCCGCGGGACGCUAGGGCGCGACGCCGGGCGGUAUGUCGGAGCACGCGGCGCCCGGGGCACCCGGGCCCGGGUCCAACGGCGGCGGCGGAGCGGCCCCCGCGCGCGGGCCUCGCACCCCCAACCUCAACCCGAACCCCCUCAUCAAUGUGCGCGACCGGCUCUUCCACGCGCUCUUCUUCAAGAUGGCUGUCACCUACUCGCGGCUCUUCCCGCCCGCCUUCCGCCGGCUCUUCGAGUUCUUCGUGCUGCUCAAGGCUCUGUUCGUGCUCUUUGUCCUGGCCUACAUCCACAUCGUUUUCUCCCGUUCACCAAUCAACUGCCUGGAGCACGUGCGCGACACGUGGCCGCGCGAGGGCAUCUUGCGUGUGGAGGUGCAGCAUAACUCCAGCCGUGCGCCAGUCUUUCUGCAGUUCUGUGACGGCAGCACCCGCGGCAACUUCCCUGGCCUGGCCCUGGAGCCAGGCGGUGGCCUGGAGCUCGAGGACGAGGAGGAGGAGGAGCUGACCAUGGAGAUGUUUGGGAACAGCUCCAUCAAGUUUGAGCUGGACAUUGAGCCCAAGGUGUUAAAGCCGCCAGGCAGCGCUGAGGCCCUGAACGACAGUCAGGAGUUUCCCUUCCCCGAGACACCCAGCAAAGUGUGGCCGCAGGACGAGUACAUCGUGGAGUACUCGCUGGAGUACGGUUUCCUGCGGUUGUCGCAGGCCACGCGGCAACGCCUGAGCAUCCCGGUCAUGGUGGUCACCCUGGACCCGACACGGGACCAGUGCUUCGGGGACCGCUUCAGCCGCCUGCUGCUGGACGAGUUCUUGGGCUACGACGACAUCCUCAUGUCCAGCGUGAAGGGCCUGGCCGAGAACGAGGAGAACAAGGGCUUCCUGCGCAACGUGGUGUCCGGCGAGCACUACCGCUUCGUCAGCAUGUGGAUGGCGCGCACGUCGUACCUGGCGGCCUUCGUCAUCAUGGUCAUCUUCACGCUGAGCGUGUCCAUGCUGCUGCGCUACUCGCACCACCAGAUCUUCGUCUUCAUCGUGGACCUGCUGCAGAUGCUGGAGAUGAACCUGGCCAUCGCCUUCCCCGCAGCGCCCCUGCUGACCGUCAUCCUGGCGCUCGUCGGGAUGGAGGCCAUCAUGUCCGAGUUCUUCAACGACACCACCACGGCCUUCUACAUCAUCCUCAUCGUGUGGCUGGCCGACCAGUACGACGCCAUAUGCUGCCACACCAACACGAGCAAACGGCACUGGCUGCGGUUUUUCUACCUGUACCACUUCGCUUUCUAUGCGUACCACUACCGCUUCAAUGGGCAGUACAGCAGCCUGGCUCUGGUCACCUCCUGGCUCUUCAUCCAGCACUCCAUGAUCUACUUCUUCCACCACUACGAGCUGCCUGCCAUCCUGCAGCAGGUGCGCAUCCAGGAGAUGCUGCUGCAGACCCCACCCCUGGGCCCCGGGACCCCCACAGCGCUGCCCGAUGAACUGAACAACAACUCAGGCACCCCGGCCGUGGUCCCGGACCCUGCCGGCCAGCCCCCUGCCCUGGGCCCUAGCUCACCAGGUGCUGGCGGGAGCCCUGGGCCUGUGGCCGCAGCGCCCAGCUCCCUGGUGGCCGCGGCAGCCUCUGUUGCUGCAGCGGCAGGUGGUGACCUGGGCUGGAUGGCAGAGACAGCCGCCAUCAUCACGGACGCCUCGUUCCUGUCCGGCCUCAGUGCCUCCCUCCUAGAGCGGCGGCCUGUUGGCUCCCUGAGCCCCAAUGGAGGCCUCCCCCACGCCCCCCAGGACAGUGUCCCCCAGAACAACUUGGAGUCUGACACAGCCCCCCCAGUGGCUGCAGUGACCGGGCCCAGCCCAGCGUCCACGGCCCCAGUGGACGCACCCUUAGAAGUUGGGUCCUGAGCCGCCACCAGCAGCUGGGCCACCUCUGUCCCUGGGUGGCUGGGCGUGACCCUGCUGAAGCCGGUGGGGUGGGGGAGGCAGUCCCUGGUGGGAGCACUAGGGCCUUCCCCAUUCUCUGGGACCGCCCAGCCUGCUUUGGUUGGCUUCUGGGUUUCCUUGGGUUUGCCCAGAAGGAGGGUUUCUCUCCCCCAACUGUGGGUCCUGGCCUAAGGCCUGUCCCUACUCUCAAGAUGUGUUUGUGGUGACCAGCAAGGAGAAGGGACAGGGCUUCAUAGAAGGUUCUGGAAGGGGCUUGGUGAACGAUCUGAAGUGAACUGUCCCACGCAGAGCAGGGUACCAGCAGAGUGGUCUCUGAGCAAGGUGAAUAUGUGGCAGAGCGGACAGGACAGGCAGGGCUGGCACACCCCUGUGCCAUCACUGCUGCUGCUCAGCUGGCAGCCCGGCUUUGCCUGGUGCUCCACGUGCAGUGCCUUUUCCACAGUCCCGGCCCCCUCCCCACGUGCGCACCAGGCUUGGGGGUCCCGUAAGGGUACAGGAACAUGGGGUUAAGGUGCCAGCAUCAUUUGCAGUGCCCAGGAGCAGGGAUCCAGCCCUGCUCAGGGUGGGAGUGGGCUGGCAGCAAACCAAUCACUCGGUGAAGAAUGCAGAGGGGCGCGCAUUCCAUUCUAUUUAAUUGCGGUGUACAAAAUUGUGUUUGUAUAUGGAAUAAACUGUUGACAGCGA